AUGACAAGUACUGAAAUCGUAAGACGUAAUAGUUUUGAUCGUUUGCAAGCAAUGGAUAAUGAUCAAUCAGAAUCAUCGUAUAUGUGUGAGUGUGGACAAGAAUAUAUGACAGAAGAAACUCUCAAACAACAUCAACAAACUAAUUGCAAAAAUCGAUCGAUUCAAUGUUCAUUUUGUCAAGAAAUAUUCUCAUCAAAUCUUAUACGUGAUCAUUUACUUUCAUGUGGAAAUAAAACUGAUGAAUGUCCACGUUGUCGUCAAUUUAUACGACGUUCUCAUUUUGCUUAUCAUUAUGAAAAUAAUUGUGCAUCAAUAGAUGAUAUUGAAACUCCUCCAACUCGACCUAAAAAUCGAUUAAUACAACAACAUGGACCUACUAAUUCUAAUAAACCUAUAUUGAGAAUAGAUAUUCCUAAUGAUAGUAAUUCUGAUCAAAAUUCAUUAACAAAUUCUUCAAGAGGAAAUGGUAGAUCUCCAUUAUUAAUAUCAAAUUCAAGUGAAUAUUUAUUAAUCUCUAAAAGAAAAAAA